AAUGUAGUAAUGGAAUAAGCAGAUGAAUUAAUACAACUCCGAGUCUCCAACAAGCUCCACCCUGUUUGUCAGCACAUGCCCCCCUUCCCCUUCUCCAAUUAUUUCCAUUUAACUUGAAUUUCCAAAUCUAAUCACUUUCUCUCUCCUAGGGUUUCAAAUCAAUCCCCGAUUUUAAUCCCCAAUCAUCUCUCCAUCUCUCUCUCUCUCUCUCAUUUCUAUGAUCUACACUCAUCUCCCCAAUGGCUUCAAUACGACGAUCUCUCUCGCCGUAUCACGACCGUUCGCACACUAACGGCGGCAGCCCCUUCUCCGUCAACUCUCCGUCACACAAAAACGCUAACAGAUCUUCCUCCUACUCUCUCUCCCGAUUUCUCGCCGCUCUCUCUCUCCAGCGACAUUCUCGGAAGGCACAGCCGUUCUGGCGAAAAUCACUCUUCAGGUGCUUGAUUUUGUUUAUGUUAGGGUUUUUAUUGGGAUUAGCGCCGUUUAAUGAGGUUGAUGUCGUGUCAAAUCAUGAUUUUACUUUCGAGAUCAUUAAGCCUCCGCCGGUUAAUGUUAUCGAAAACGACGUCGUUAUGAACCAUCCGGUUCAGCUUGGGGAGCGGAAGCUGGAGAAGAGUGUGGAGCUUGUGUAUCGAAAAGAGUUGAUUGUUGUUACACCUACGUAUAAUCGGGCUUUGCAGGCAUAUUAUUUGGGUAGGUUGGGGAAUUUGCUUAGGCUCGUGCCUCCUCCGUUGAUUUGGAUUGUGGUGGAAAUGAAUGAGGCGUCGAUGGAGACAGCGGAGAUUUUGAGGAAUACCGGGGUUAUGUAUAGGCAUUUAGUGUGUACGAAGAAUUCUACGAGUGUUAAGGAUAGAGGUGUGCAUCAGAGGAAUACCGCGCUUGAACAUAUUGAGCGGCACAAGCUUGAUGGUAUUGUUUACUUUGCGGAUGAUGAUAAUGUGUAUUCGCUUGAGCUGUUUGAUAAUAUUAGAGAAAUCAGGCGGUUCGGCACAUGGCCGGUGGCCAUGCUUGCACAGAGCAAAAACAAGGCUGUCUUGGAAGGUCCAGUAUGCAAUGGAAGUGCAGUUAUUGGAUGGAACACAAAUGAGAAAAGUAAAAUUCUUCGUAGGUUCCAUGUUGACAUGUCAGGAUUUGCCUUUAAUAGCACCAUAUUAUGGGACCCAAAGAGGUGGAAGCGACCCACCACAGAACCAAUUCGACAGUUAGAUACUGUGAAGGAGGGUUUCCAGGAAACCACCUUUAUAGAACAAGUAGUAGAGGACGAAAGCCAAAUGGAAGGAAUUCCCCAGGAUUGCUCGAGGAUCAUGAACUGGCACCUCCAUAUAGAAGCUCGGGAUCUUGUUUAUCCUGAUGGUUGGUUGCUUCCGAAGAACCUUGAUGUUGUCCUACCUAUUAAAUGAUGGGAUUCAAUUUUGUGACACUUUAUCUUGUGUGUGAUGUUCAUUUCUGACUUCUUCUUCAAAGGAAGAAUAUGUGAUCUUGAAUUUGUUGGUCGGGGGUUCAAUGUGGCGUGUGCAAAUUCAUACUCUGAGCAACAGAGUUCGGAUCUCAUUCUUUCAAGGCAAUUGGUAAUUCUGUGUCUGCUUAUUUCCCGACCGGAUAAUUGUGGCUCUCUGGGUCUUUAGGCAGCAACAGCAGCAGCACUGCCAAAAAUUCUGGCAGUCCAAACAUAGAAAGAAGUUUAUAGAAACUUAAUUCAGAUUAUUCUUUUGGAAAAACAACAUUACAGUGUUAUUAUUGUAAAUCUGGAGUUUUCCUGUGAGGUGAGGGUGUUAUUAUUAUAUUUACUUUAGCCAAAACAUCAUAUUAUAUGAAUACAUUUUGAAUGAAUACCAGAAAAUAUCAAUUCUAGUAGAA